UAGAGCAAAAUUGUCCGUCUUGGUCAGAAGAGGAGCACAACUAGGGUUAGGGUUAGGGGUUCGCCCUUCCUGCGAGAUCGUCGCUCCCAGAGAAGUCGCCAUCGAGGAUGACUGGUAAGGCGAAGCCGAAGAAGCAUACGGCGAAGGAGAUCCAAGCUAAGAUCGAUGCUGCGUUGACCAACAGAGGCGGAGGAAAGGCGGGAAUCGCUGAUAGGACCGGAAAAGAGAAAGGUGGUCACGCUAAAUACGAGUGUCCUCACUGCAAAAUUACAGCUCCUGAUCUCAAGACGAUGCAGAUCCAUCACGAAUCCAAGCAUCCGAAGAUCCCUUACGACGAAUCCAAGCUCGUUAAUCUCCAUGCUGUUUUAGCACCAGUUGCUGAGGCGAAGCCUAAACCUGGCAUUAGGGGAAGCUUGAAGAAAUAAUUCAAUCUCCUUCAAAAUUUGUGAUAUUUUGGUUUCGAAUAUUAUGAACUCUUGUCCCAAUCCAUCAUGUUGAUGACCCUUAUGGCUUCUACCUUUUCUUUUCUUGUUUAUGAUCUCAAACUUGUUAUCUGCUAUUUUCCAGAUGGAGGGGAUGUUAUAUGAAUAAAUUGAGAUUUGAACGAUA